UAAUUACUUCAGUAAAUUUAAUUUUAUAUUCAAGACAACAUGGAACUUCAAUUGGACCGGAACGUCAAACUUCGAGAUCUUAACGAGCAUAUAACCUGCUUCGUAUGUGGCGGAUACCUUAUAGAAGCAACAACCAUCGUAGACUGCUUACAUACUUUCUGUAAAAGCUGUCUCAUCAAACGAUUACUCAGCAAAAAUUAUGAUUGCCCGAAAUGCGGAAAUCAAAUUCAUCAUAGCCAUCCGCUACAAUAUAUUGGUUACGACAGAACACUUCAAGAUGUCGUCAACAAAUUAGUUCCGAGCUUACAGCGUCUUGAAACAGCAAGGGAGGAAAAAUUUUAUCAUGAGCGCGGAUUGGACUGCCCUCGAAAAGAUGUUGUCGCUAUCAAAACGGAAAAUUUAACUUCACCAGAAGAUCGAGGAAAAUCUCAAAACUACCAUCGUCAUGACGAACAAAUUCAAAUCUCUCUCGUCCGUGGGAGUGACAAAUUAAAAACAUUGGAAAAACCAUUUAUGAUUUGUUCUGUAAACGCUACGAUUAAAAUUUUGAAAAAAUUUGUUGCAAAAAAUAUCGGAAUUACGAGCGAACUUGAUAUUUUAUGCAAUGAGGAAAUACUUGGACGAGAUCACUCGUUAAAAUUUGUUCUCGUCACUCGAUGGCGCUCAAAAGCACAGCCUUUGUUACUAGAAUACAGACCUAGAGUGACUUUGCUAUGAAAUGCAGCCAUUUAAUAUAUCUGUUAUAUCUUUAGUUCCAAUUUGACCUCUCCUUUUUACUUGAGUAAUCAUUGAACUGUGACUGGUCAGAAUAAUCUCUACUUAAUCGCCAACAGCGUAUUCUGUCAUUUCAUGCUUAUUUGAUUCUUGAGAUGGCUCCUGGGGAAAGCUUAUGGUUAUCCUCUGACUCCUGAUCAUUUUUUCCCAUAUUUUACAACAGUGAAAUUCUAAGAGUAUUUCGUGAUAUGACGCCCAAAUAUUGAAUGAAUAUAAUUGGUUUGUCUCGAUGAAUAACAAAUUGUAUAAUUGAACGCAUGAGGGAUUAUGAGUCGAGAGGGGCAUAUCGCAUAUAAGCUGAGUUUACAACUCAAAAAAAAGAUGCCAAACUAAGUGGUCGGCUUAUACUAGCAUAACUCAGAUCAGGGGUGUAGCCAGAAAUUUUUAAAAGGGGGGGGGGGUUCUGAAUUAUUUUUUCGCAAAGUUAGAUCGAAACUGCUAGCGGGCCCGAUCGAACGCUGGAAUACACGUGUUUUUAGUAGUCUUGGGGGUCUAAUAAGCAUUUCAAAUUGCUAUCUAUAAUACAGAAGAAUGAUUUUAUUUUUUUUAAUUUUGAAAGGGGGGGGGGGUUGACCCGCAAAACCACCCCCCUGGCUACGUCACUGACUCAGAUUGCACUAAAUUUUCUUCCGAACCAGCGUGUUCUGAUUCGUAGUUUCAGCUUAUGUGCGACACUUUUAAUUGAAACACGAUUGUGCGAUGUCCCUCUUGACAAAUAUGAACACUGCCAAAAUAAUUCAACAAAUUCAAAUGAACAACACGAAGAAUGCAUUCGGGAUAAUGAUAUCCAGUUUUGGUUCUCCGCAUUUCCUUUCCCCAGCAAAAAGUGUGCUGAUUUUAUUAAUUUUUUUUCUCAAUUUUGUAUGUUGUUAAACUUGACAAUGACUUUUUGAUUUGGAUGAUCAACGAACAAAUUUUUGUAUUUUUAUUGCAAUAUUUUACUUUCUUUUUAUUAUAAUUUUUUUCAUUGACUCAGGUUUUAUGAAGCUCUCUAAUUAAUCUGUGAAAUAUGUCUGCGCAGAAGAACCUAAUCCUAACUCAGAAACACAUUGAUGAAAUUUAUUUCUGAGUUGAGCAUAACCUAUGUUGAAUAUAUUCGAUGUUUCAUAUUCUAUAACAGUGGUUCCCAACGUUUCACAGCUCGAGGCCCCUUCAGGCGGCUUUUGGCACUCAUGUUCAUCAUCCCAGUGUUAUUUUGAUUGGUAGAUUCCAAAUCCUAUUAUGUUCAAACAAUUCAUGCUCAACAAAGUGAAAACGUCCUGUGAAAUAACCUUAUCGAGCAAUGAAAUUAGGAAGAACGAGGAGUUUUCUUGUAAAUUGAAAAGUAAAAUGAGUUAUGCGCCUGCCACUGUGGCUCCGGUCAGGAACCGCUGUUCUAUAAUAUGGAUUUGGAUGCGAAUCAGUAUAUAUCAAAUUUUUUUAAUACUCAUAACUUAAUUAUGUGUUUGUAGCAAUAGAUUACCUGUAGUUCCACUCUAAAUUCCCUUGCAUUUAUCACGGCUAAGUGCUAAUCAUGGGUAACAUUUUUACUGCUUUUUGAAAAAAAUUUGGAGCUAAAUUCAGCAAUUCCAUAACACAGGUUUUUAAUAUUUAUUCUGAGAGGAGAGAAAAGUCGAUGAUACAGCUUAACCAUAUUAUGAACGGCCUCUUG